UAUCCGUAAGUCUGCAACUUCUCUUAAGCAUUGUGUUAAUUUCUUCAUUGAUUAUCCAUUUGCUUGCAACAAUUUAAGGGCUUCGUUUCAUUCCCAAACUGGUAGUCAAACCCAAUUUAUGUAGACAGUCAAAAAUCAAUUCAGAUUUGAGUUCACAAACCUUAAUGAUGCACUGGCAAUGUUUAAUGAAAUAUCUCAAAUGCAACCUCUUCCUUCAAUUGUGCAUUUUACUAAAUUGUUAGGGGCCAUUGUGAGAAUGAAACAUUACACCACUGCUAUUUCUUUGCUUAAGCAAAUGGAAUCCUCAAGAACGGUAGAGUCAAACGAGUAUACUCUAGGCAUCUCAAUGAAUUGUUACUGCCAUUUGAAUCGGAUCGAUUUGGCUUUCUCUGCUCUGGGGAGAACUUUGAAGCUUGGUUAUGAAGUGAACAGUGUGAUGCUCAUGCCCCACUACAUUUCAUCAUUUUCAUUCAUAUUAUUGAAUGAAAUGGUGAACCAAAAAAUCAACACUUUGAUGAGGGGGCUCUGUACCGAGGAUAAAAUAGGUCAGGCAGUAAAGUUGUUUAAUGACAUGGGGGCAAAAGGAUUUCGACAUAAUAUACUUACUUGCGGAACGAUUAUAGAUGGUUUGUGCAAAACGUGGAACACUAGCGCGGCUAUUGAGUUGGUUAAGAAGAUGGAAGAGAGAAAUUGGGAAACCAAUGUCAUUGUCUAUAACAUGAUCAUUGACAGUCUUUGUAAGGACAGAUUGGUAGCUGAGGCCUUUGACUUCUUUUCAGAAAUGAUACAUAAAGGCAUUUCUCCAGAUGUUAUUACUUACACCUCCUUAAUCUUUGGCGUAUGCAAUUCAAACCAGUGGAAAGAGGCUAAAAGAUUAUUGAAUGAAAUGGUGAACCAAAAAAUCAAACCGGAUGUAAGAAUCUUCACUAUAUUGGUGGAUGCACUUUGCAAGGAAGGGAAGCUUGCAGAAGCAGUAGAAAUAGUUGAAGUGAUGAUGCAAAAAGGUGUGAAGCCUGAUACAGUCACUUACAAUGCACUGAUGAACGGUUCUUGUUUGCAAAGGAAAAUUCACGAGGCAAAGAAGAUAUUUGAUUUGAUGGUUGGUAGGGGUUGUGCCCCUAAUAUUCAAAGCUAUACCAUCUUGAUUAAUGGAUAUUGUAAGAAGCAAAGAAUGGAUGAUGCUCUCAGACUUUUUCAGGAAAUUUCCCGGAUGAGAUUGAUUCCUAAUCCUGUUACUUACAAUACUCUUAUAGGUGGUUUCUGUCAUGUAGGAAAACCUCUAGUUGUGCAACAACUUUUAAAUGAGAUGCGAGCCCGUGGCCAACAUCCUAAUGUUAUAACGUACAAUACUUUGUUAGAUGGAUUGUGUAAGAACCAAUGUCUGGCUGAGGCAAUGACCUUGUUUCGAGACAUGGAAGAAAGUGGACUGCAUCCUAAUAUUGUGGUUUACAGCAUCCUCAUUGAUGGUAUAUGCAGAGCUGGAAGCAUUAAAGAUGCAAAGGAACUCUUUUAUAGUCUUCCUUCCAAAAGGUUGCAACCUAAUGUUCACACAUAUAGUAUUAUGAUCAAUGGACUUUGUAAGGAAGGGUUGUUAAUUGAAGCAAACAUUUUGCUCAGGAAAAUGGAAGGGAGUGGUUGCUCACCCAAUGGUUGCACUUACAAUAUAAUUGUGCAGGGAUUUCUUCGAAACAACGAGACGUUAAUGGCAAUGCAACUUCUUCAAGAAAUGGUUGAGAAGGGGUUCUCUGCCGAUUCAUGUACUGUGAGCCUUCUAUUGGAUUUACCAAAUAAUAGUGGAUUAGAUCAGUCGAUUUUAGAGAUGCUCAAUAGGUUUCUAUAAUCUCUAUUGGGGUUUCUUAUGUUAGGUGGAAGAGUCAUAGUUGUUGGCCUUGUAGUGUGCUAUAUGUAUGGCCUAUUGAUGCUUGUAUCAGUGUCUUCUACAUGUUUUGGGGGUGAAAUUGUUGUUCCAUGAGAAGAACGAAGGAGGGAACCUGAGUUGGGUGAUGUUGGGGAACUAAAAAAGAAUGCUGGAGGGAUUUGUAUGUAACCGAUUGACUAGAUGGGAUAAGGAAGGUGGCUAGGUGAAUCUGAAGAUAGCAAAAUUGCUGCUGAAGCAGAUGGGAAUGGUGUUUCAAUGACCCCAAAGAGAUACGAGUUUCCAAGCUUUGAAAUUUACCAAAGACUCUGUGCUUAUCAUCUUUGCCUUUGUCUGUCAGGAUGUUUCAAGAAUGGUACCUCAUCAACUUCAUUUUCCUUUUUUGUUUACACUUUGUACUAUGAGGGUAUGCUGUCCUUACUUUUCCUCUUAAUUGCUUGAUGUUAAUAAACUUAUUCUCAUUACCAACACUUUC